CGGCAGGCGCCGGGCCGCAGCGUCACCCCUGUUCGUUUGUCCUGCAGGUUUCUACUGACCCGGUUAAAAGAGUUCUGUGGAGAGUUUCUGAAGAAGAAACUCAACCUCUCCAACUGCGUGGCGGUUCACAGCUUAGCCCACAUGUAUUCCUUGAAUCAGCUGGCCCUCAAAGCUCAGGACAUGAUCAGGAGAAACUUCCACAAAGUUAUCCAAGAUGAGGAGUUCUACACGUUGCCCUUUCAUCUCAUCAGAGACUGGCUCUCAGACUCGGAGAUCACAGUGGAUUCUGAAGAAAUCCUCUUUGAGACUGUUUUGAGGUGGGUUCAGAAAAAUCCCGAGGAAAGAGAGAGGUACUUUGAAGAUCUCUUUAAGCUGCUUAGAUUGUCCCAGAUGAAACCCACGUAUCUUACUCGCCACGUCAAAUCUGAAAGGCUGGUAUCAAGCAACGAAGCCUGCGUUAAAUUAGUGUCAGAAGCUGUGGAGAGUCACGCCUUGCGGUCCGAGAACCUGCAGUCUGGUAAUCUACAACAUUCCGCGUGUCCCGUGGCAUUGCUGCCGCGUUUUGGACAAAACAUGGACGUCAUUAUGGUGAUUGGUGGUGUGUCGGAGGGAGGAGAUUACUUGAGUGAGUGCGUAGGGUAUUUCAUCGAUGAGGAUAGGUGGGUAAACUUACCGCACAUCCAUAACCAUCUCGAUGGGCAUGCUGUUGCUGUGACAGAGUCUUAUGUUUAUGUGGCUGGCUCCAUGGAACCAGGCUUUGCCAAGACUGUAGAAAGGUACAAUCCAAACAGAAAUAUCUGGGAGCAAGUCUCAAACCUAAUAACCAGAAAGCAUUCUUUUGGCCUUACUGAAGUUAAAGGAAACUUGUACAGUAUUGGUGGACAUGGCAAUUUCAGUCCUGGCUUUAAAGACGUGGCCAUUUAUAAUCCCGAGCAAGACAAAUGGCUUAACCUGGAGUCAGCACCAAAGAUUCUUCGUGAUGUCAAAGCCGUUUCUGUAGAAGACCGGUUCGUUUACGUUGCUGCUCGUACCCCAGUUGACAGUGAUAGCGAAGAUGGAUUGAGGGCGGUUAUUAUCAGAUUCGAUGUUGAAACAAGGCAGUGGCAGGAUGUGGAGUCUCUGCCGCUCAUUGAUAACUAUUGCUCUUUUCAGAUGUCUGUGGCUAACACAAACUUCUACCAUACGGCAUCGUGCUGCCCCAAGAGUUACCCUAUAGAUAAUGAGGAAGCCAAGAUUAAGAUCUCUGGCAGGGCCUCAGAUGAAAUACUUGAGAGCUUACCCCCAGAGGUCCUUAGCAUUGAAGGAGCAGCUAUUUGUUAUUAUAAAGAUGAUGUUUUUAUCAUUGGGGGGUGGAAAAACAGCGAUGACAUUGACAAGCAGUACAGGAAAGAGGCCUAUCGUUACUGUGCUGAGAGAAAGCGCUGGAUGCUUUUGCCGCCUAUGCCUCAGCCUCGCUGCAGAGCAACAGCCUGCCACGUGAGAAUCCCCUUCAGGUGCUUGCAGGGAACACAAAGAUACCCUAUGCCACAAAAUUUGAUGUGGCAGAAAGAUAGAAUAAGGCAGAUGCAGGAAAGGCAGAUGCAGGAGAUACACCGACACUCCCUGAGCUUACGGAGAAUGCCGCGCUCGCAGAUCGAGUGCUAG